AUGUUGCUUUUCGUGUACUGGAAAGAAUUAAGAGCGUGGGUCACAGAGCUAUGCAGGGGCAUAGCGAAGAACAUUGUCUUAGCUGGAUACAAGGAGAUGCAGAAGCUGAGUUUUGAGGAUGGAUCUAUGGAUGGUUACACUAUCGCAUUUGGGAUCAGAAAUGUGACGCACAUUGAGAAAGCUCUAUCAGAAGCUUACAGGGUUCUAAAGCGAGGGGGCAGGUUCCUAUGCUUGGAGUUGAGUCAUGUGGAUGUCCCUGUUUUUAAAGACAUCUAUGAUGUUUACUCGUUUUCUGUGAUUCCGACUAUUGGAGAGCUGGUUGCUGGUGAUCGGCAGUCGUAUCAAUACUUGGUUGAGAGCAUCCGUCGGUUUCCAAAUCAGGAAAAGUUUGCUCAGAUGAUUCAGGAAGCCGGAUUCCAGAGGGUGGAAUAUGAGAACCUCGUGGGUGGUGUAGUUGCCAUUCAUUCUGGACUGAAACUGUAA